AUGGACGCACCCAACAGCACAACGUUCAGUCACCUCAGCUUCGUCCUGGUCGGCAUCCCGGGCCUGGAGCCCUGGCACCCCUGGAUCUCCAUCCCCUUCGCGCUGAUGUACACGGUGGCUGUUCUGGGGAACUGUGGUCUCCUCUUGCUCAUCGCCACCCAGCGCAGGCUGCACGAGCCCAUGUUCAUUUUCCUCUCCAUGCUCGCGGUGGCUGAUUUAAUAUUAUCUACAUCUACAGUGCCCAACACGCUGGCCAUCUUCUGGUUUGGACCCAAGACUAUUGCUUUCAGCUCCUGCCUCACCCAGGUGUUCUUUGUUCGCUUUGGAUUUGCCACCGAGUCGGACAUCCUACUGGCCAUGGGGUUCGAUCGGUACGUCGCCAUCUGCGACCCCCUGCGGUACACGACUGUCCUCACCAAUGCGAACAUUGGGAAAAUAGCCACGGCCAUUGUCAUCAAAAGCUUUUGUAUAGUUAUCUGUCAACGUGUCCCCAUUGUUUUUCUCCUCAAACGGCUGCCCUUCUGCGCCAGCAACGUCAUCCCGCAUUCCUACUGUGAGCACAUCGGGGUGGCCAGGCUGGCCUGUGCAGACAUAACCAUCAAUAUCUGGUUUGGCUUUUCAAUCUGCCCACCAAAGAUUGUACUAGACAUUGUGUUUAUUGCUGUGUCCUACGUGCUGAUCCUCAGGGCUGUCUUCAAGCUGCCCACCAAAGAUGCCCGGCGCAAAACACUCAGCACCUGUGGCUCCCACGUCUGUAUCAUCAUCUUAAUUUAUGUCCCAGCAUUUUUCAGUCUCCUAACCCACCGCUUUGGCCAUAACAUCCCUAAACACAUUCACAUCCUGCUGGCCGAUCUCUACGUGCUCAUCCCCCCCAUGCUAAACCCCGUUGUUUACGGGAUGAAAACCAAGCAGCUGCGAGAACAAAUGAG